CUGCCCUCUUUUUUGAUGACGUGAAUAGUCGUAACUCUUGAUUGUUCACAGGCAGAUAGCUGCUCAUAUCCUACACUCAAUCUUCAAUAUGGUGCAUUUGGGUUGGUGAUAAAUAUUGUGGUAAUUGAUUUAAAGUUUGGGGUUAUAUAUUUUUUAUGGAUUUGUUUGAUUGUUGGUUACUUACAGUUAUCUUAAUAUGAAGUUUGCUGGUAAAGAAUCAUAGGAAGCAAUGUCAACAAACGGAAAUGCUAAAUGUUAAUUCACAAUUUUAAUCGGUUGUAGCCUUGUAGGUUGAAAAUUUCUUCCUUAGAAGAGUAACCUAGAGUUUGGGGAACGAAGUUUUUGAAACGUGAAUCUAGAGUUUGAGGAACAAAUUUUUCGAAACAUUAAUCCAGAGUUUUGGGGACGAGUUUUCGAACUAGAUUUUGUGGAAGUUUCCGGUUUCUGGUAGCUAGGGUUUUAAGUAUAACUGAAUGGAGGAUUAUAACAUGGAUAGUUUCACCACCAUAAUGGAUCUUCCUGAUGAUUGCCUUGUAUUCAUCUUCAAACGGCUUAUUAAUGAAUGUGAUCGUGAAGCCUUUGGACUAACCUGUAGUAGGUGGCUAGAUAUUCGGAACCAAAAUCAACUGUCAUUGCGUUUUGAUUGUUCACUCACCUGUUUCAAAAACCCGCUUUCAAGAGCUCCUCAUAGGAUCGGUACAUAUGAAUUACAUAGAGUAUUGAAGCGUUUCCAAAACAUACGGUCAUUGUCCUUAUCUGGGUGCACUGAGCUGCCUGAUUCGAGUCUAAAGCUAUUAGAAUGCCUUGGUUCAAGGCUACGAGCUCUUUAUUUGGAUUGUUGUUGGCAGAUCACUGAUGAGGGUCUUAGAUUUGUAGCAAGUGGUUGUCAGUUGUUGAAGUUUAUCAGCCUCUAUCGUUGUGACAUUACUGAUGUGGGUUUGGAAAUCUUGGCUAAGUCUUGUUUGGAUUUGGAAGAUGUAAAUCUUACUCAUUGUAUGCAUAUAACUGAUCAUGGCAUAAAGUGCCUUGUUCAAAACUGUAUUCAUCUUUAUGGCAUUAGAAUCAGUAAUUGUGGAGGCAUAAUGGGAGUGGGAUUUCGUGGAUGUUCUCAAACGUUUGCUUAUUUGGAAGCCGAAUCUUGUAGGUUUGAGUCCGAAGGGAUUAAAGGUAUGGUAAGCGGGGGAGGUCUCGAGUAUCUGAACAUCUCGAAUCUUAAUUGGUCGAUUCGUGGACAUGGGUUAUCAACGAUUGGUGAAGGGUAUGCAAAAAAUCUCCGGGUUCUCAACAUGAGAUUGUGUAGGAUGGUUAGGGAUGAGAGUAUUGCAGUAAUAGCAACAGGAUGUCCUUCGUUGGUGGAGUGGCAUUUGGCAUUGUGUCCUGAGAUUAGAGUUAACGGAUGGGAGUCGAUUGCGAUGAAUUGUCACAAUUUGGAAAGACUUCAUGUGAAUCGAUGUCGAAAUUUAUGCGAGCGUGGAUUGUUGGCUCUGAAGAAUGGUUGCAGGAAACUCUCUGUAUUGUAUAUAAGUGGAUGUCCUCAAAUUAGUAUCAUAGCUCUUGAACUCUUUAGGCUAGCAAGAGGUGAUAUUAUCAAAGAAGAGGAAAGUUUUGAAAUUGGUCCCCAUUGGGAAUGUAGAUGGAACCAAAGAAUUUUCUUGGAGUAAUUAAUUAAUUAUUAUGAAUUCAAUUAUGUAUUUUUGUAUUUCUCCAUACCAAUAAGACGAGUUUGUCACAAUUUCGG